AUCGAGUUUGAUGUAAAACUUUUCCGUCCUUUUCCCUUUCUUCAUGCUGCUUCAUGGUUAAUGUAUUUGAUGUUUUAGAUGCUUACUUUAGGUUAUUUUUCAGGUUUGAGGGGAUUCCUGUGUUUUUGAUUGUUCAGUCAUGGAAAUGGGGGGUAAGGGAGGUGAAAUAAUUUUAAAAGAUGGUGCUAAUUUUAUAGAUGAAAGACAUGAUGAGGAUGGAGCUAAUGAUAGAGCUAUGGGAGAAAAUGAAGCAUCUCAGAGUAUCACAGCUGACACUGUCGAUGAAGGGAAAAUCGAUCAGACUAAAGAACUGGUUAUUCAUGAUGAAGAUGAUAGUGUGGGAAAAAUGGACAAGGCUGAACUUGAUGUUCAGGGAGUGAUCGGAGGAGAUGAUGGAAUCCCUCGGGUGGGGAUGGUGUUCAACUCUUAUGGAGAAGCUGUUACAUUCUAUAAACGAUAUGCAAUGCGUGUUGGAUUUGGUGUUACUAUAAAAAAGUCAUCAUUUACAACAUAUGGACUUUGUCGAAGGCUUGUACUUGUGUGCAGUAAGGAGGGAAAGGCACAGACAAAAGCAUGCUACCAUCAAUCGAGGCCAUCAAUGAAGACAAACUGUGAAGCUGCAUUUAUCGCUAAGUUAUGGGGUGACGGGUUGUUGCAUGUAGUGGAAGCUAAACUUGAACACAAUCAUGAACUUAAUCCAUCAGAAGCCCACCUCUACAGAUGCUAUAAGAAUAUGUCCAGUGGUGCUACCAAAGAUCUUGCUGUGCGAGCUGCUGGACGUGAGCACUUACCAUAUGUUGGUAUGGAAUUCUUAAACUCUAUUGAAGAGGGACAGUUGAAGCUCUCUGAAGGUGACAAGGAAGCUCUACAUGAAUUUUUUUCACGGAUGCAGACCAAGAACCCAAGCUUCUUUUACUUGCUGGAUUUAGAUAUGGAAGGCAAUCUAAGGAAUGUGUUCUGGGCUGAUUCUAGGUCGAGAUCAGCAUAUCAGUAUUAUGGUGAUGUUGUUUACUUUGAUUCAACUUAUUUAAGAAAUAAGUACAACAUUCCCCUUGUCUUAUUUGUUGGAUCAAACAGUCACGGUCAGUUGGUGUUGUUAGGUUGUGGUUUGCUUGCAGAUGAAACUCCUGGAAACUACUUGUGGUUAUUUAAGGCAUGGUUGACAUGUAUGUUAGAGCGCGCUCCAAAUGUAAUAAUCACUGAUCAGUCCAAGGAAAUUCAAGAUGUUGUUGCUAAAGUUUUACCAGAAGCACGUCAUCGGAUGUGCUUGUCAGAUAUAACUGGAAGUAUUCCAGAGAAAUUGAGGGAUCAUACAGAGUGGAAGACAAUUCAUAAAGCCAUGAAUGAAGUAAUAUAUGGUUCUUUAAAAGUUGAUGAAUUUGAAGAAGGCUGGAGGAAUCUGACUAAAACAUAUGGGCUUGAAGGUAACGAAUGGCUAAAUUUGUUAUAUGAAAAUCGGAAACUUUGGGCCCCUGUUUAUCUGAAGGACAUGUUUUGGGCAGGGUUGUCCACUGCACUACUGGAAGACAGUGUAAGACCCUUUUUUGAAGAGCUCAUAUAUCCAGAAACUUCUUUACAGAACUUUUUAGAAAAUUACGAAAUGGUUUUACGAACUAAGUAUGAGUUAGAGGCUAAAGCAGAUUUUGACUCAUUCCACAAUAGCCGGCUUACCGGAUCCGAAUCUCAUAUGGAGCAGCAGCUUUCCAAGAUUUAUACGCUUAGCAUGUUUGAAAAGUUUCAGCAUGAGCUAAAGGCAACUAUCUAUUGUCAGGUUUCACUACUAAAGGUAGAUGGAUCAAUCUCUACAUUUGAGGUGAGGGAGUGCACUUAUACAGGAGGUGAUGAAAGAAACCAUGACAAGUAUUAUGAGGUAUUGUAUCAUGUCGGUGAAUUUGAGGUUCAAUGUAUUUGUGGUUUCUUCCAAUUUACAGGAAUAUUAUGCAGACAUGCAUUAUCAGUUUUCAGUUUGCAACAAGUCUAUGAAGUUCCAUCGCAGUACAUCCUCAAUCGUUGGAGAAAGGAUUUCAAACUGUUGUAUGCUUUGGAAUGUUCCUCGAAAGAUAUUUAUGGCAAUAAACAUAUUGAGCAAUAUGAUUCUCUCUCCAAGCAUUGCCUUCGACUUGUUGAAGUUGGCAUGGUGUCUGAUGAGAAGUACCAGCUUGCGUUGAAGUUAGUUAGAGAAGUAGAAAGAUCUCUGUUAGAUGAGAACAUAUUUCAAGAUUUGCAUAGUAGGCUUGUGUCAUCUGUAACUAGGUUGACUGGAAGUGAUGAGAAUCAUGCAGCAUCGCAGGUGGGUAUUGUAGAUGGUGAUAAGACCCCCAGUUCUGUUCCAGCUAAGCGAAGGGGCCGCCCUCCCAAAAAAAGAAAAGAGCCUGAAAUAGAACCACUAAACGGGUCAAAUGGCAAAACGGACUCCUUAAGGGCAUCAGCUGAUGGGAAUCAGAGCAAUAUGUUUCAAUCUUCAUCGACUGCUUCACAUUUUGGCACUCAUGAUAGGACGCAUGGAGUGAUUGAUAUAAUGGAAGAAGUUAACCAAAAUGACUUAGCGUUUAGCAGCCAUUAUGGACUACAAAGUAACCACCAGCAUCAUCUUGGCAACCCGAUGCAGUCUGGCACUACAUUGCAGAGCCAUUUUGGACAGCAAGCUCUUGGAAGUCAAUCAAGAAUGCAAUGGAUUUGUCAACAAAUGCUACAGGAAGAUCAGACACCAUUUGGCCGGAGGACAGGGUAGGAACACUACCACUUAUCUCGAUUUAACCUCAGUGUGUUCAAGCAACUUUCCUUGAUCUUGUGGCAGUAUAUAUGCUAGGAGCUUGUGUCAGGUUAUCUAUAUUGGUAUGGUUUGGUUUCUUGCACUGGGAGAAUUCAAGUGCCAAUGGGGCAUGUUGGUGGUCAUACAUGGCAAUGAAGCCUAUGAGUAACUGGGAAUGGUCAGGAUUUUGACAUUGGUUUCGACUAGAUUUUGUGCCAGCCAAGCUCCCUAUGCUAUAGAAGAUGACGGGGUUGUGGUCCAAAAAUCAGAUUGUCUAUGACCUAACUGUGGAUUUUUUAUAUCCAAUUGUAAUGAAAAAUGAGAAGUGGGUUGUUGGAAUUCCUGGAAGCAUGCUGUUUGGAGCUUUUGCCCUAAUUGUUGGUAUCAUACAAUUCAAUCAGAUAAGAUUUUGUACUCUUAAUGGAUUUCUUAUUGAUUGAUUUGCAUGUACAGUACUCAUACACAUCUUUCAUUCUUC